GAGGGACUGAGGGUGGAGACCCUCUCCUUUUUCAUGUUGACCUUCGAUUCCAGAACUUAAAGAAUAGCAGCUGACUGGCUGGCACAGAGCCUAAUGGGGGUGGGGUGGGGGAGUCAGAAACAGAGAGCCAGACUGAAGGAUUCUGAGGCUUAAAGUAGAAAGGACUGCUGACUAGAAAGCGCCACAAAGGGGACUGAAUCAGCUGGAGAUUCAGAGCAUUCAUUAGACCUUGCUUCAUCUAGGAGCCAGGAGAAAUCUCUGAACUUUUCUAUUUUUCAAAAAGUUCCUUUCUGCUCCUUAAGCCCUACAUUCCCAUGGCUGGAAGGAUAGGACCCCCUUACUCCCAGGAACAAAGAUGAAGGCUCCUGAAGCCAUCCAUUUUAACCUAUCAACCCACCCACCAUCUGCCCAGUGUCAGGUACAGGGGGAGGGGGAAGUGUGCUAGUGUAGGAAAAUUCUGCUCCCAUACAGAGAAGGUGCAGCCAGAUGGAGCCAAGAAUAUGGGGACCGCUACAGCUGUGCCUCUUCCCUUUCCGAAGGUGCUGAAGGAUGGGGAAUUCCUGAGGAUUGGCCCUGAGAGGGGCUGACUCCCUGGGGAAGUGGUGGGAACACCAGCUGACUCUGUCUUGGUCUCCUAAGUCUCACUAGCCCUUCCCAGAAAGAGAUCUUUAGGCUGCUGGACUAGGGUAUCAGCCCAGGAAGAGAAACAGGCAGGCCACCCCUCCCGAGAGAGUCAUUGCAGCCUGAGACCCAAGGGAGCCACGGAGGCAGCUCCAGCCCCACCUACCAUUCCUGAGUGCUAAUCCCCACCUCGGACCACUCUGAAGAGGGGAUUGGCUGAGGAGCUUGGAGGGGGGCGUCACCACUGUCUUGCCCAAGGAUUAUAUAGAGACUCAGAAAAGCCGGCAAGAUACUCCAGUUUAUCAUCUUACGCGGGUUUUCUGAAGGAGACCAUGACCCAGACCCUCAGGCUAGCCUCAAGAGUAUUCCAUCGCGUCCGCUGUGCUCCCGAGCUAGGGGCCUCAUUGGGCUCCCGAGGGUCCGGUUCAGCGCCCCGGAGCUUGGCGGACAUCCCAGGUCCCUCCACGCCUGGCUUCCUCGCUGAACUUUUCUGCAAGGGGGGUCUGUCGCGGCUACACGAGCUGCAGGUGCAGGGCGCCGCGCGCUUUGGACCAGUGUGGUUGGCCAGCUUCGGGACGGUGCGCACUGUGUAUGUGGCGGCCCCUACUCUCGUCGAGCAGUUGCUGAGACAGGAAGGUCCCCAGCCCGAGCGCUGCCGCUUCUCACCCUGGGCCGAGCACCGUCGCCGACGCCACCUGGCUUGCGGGCUGCUCACUGCGGAAGGCGAAGAAUGGCAGAGGCUCCGCAGCCUCCUGGCCCCGCUCCUCCUCCGCCCUCAAGCGGCCGCUCGCUAUGCCGGGACCCUGAACAACGUGGUCUGUGACCUUGUUCGGCGACUACGACGUCAGCGGGGACGGGGCUCUGGGCCUCCCACUCUGGUUCGGGACGUAGCGGGAGAGUUUUACAAGUUUGGUCUAGAAGGCAUAGCGGCGGUGCUGCUGGGUUCGCGCCUGGGCUGCCUGGAGUCCAAGGUGCCCCCAGACACAGAGACCUUUAUCCGCGCGGUGGGGUCGGUGUUUGUGUCCACGCUGUUGACCAUGGCGAUGCCCAACUGGCUGCACCGCCUCGUGCCCGGACCCUGGGACCGCCUUUGCCGAGACUGGGACCAGAUGUUUGCAUUUGCCCAGCAGCACGUGGAGCAGCGAGAGACUGAGGUAGCCCUGAGCAGUCAGGCAAAGCCUGAGGCGGACAUGGGAUCUGGAGCUCACCUGACCUACUUCUUGUUGCGGGAAGAGUUGCCUGCGCCAUCCAUCCUGGGGAACGUGACAGAGCUGCUACUGGCUGGAGUGGACACAGUGUCCAACACACUCUCCUGGGCUCUAUAUGAACUCUCUCGGCACCCAGAAGUCCAGACAGCGCUCCACUCUGAGAUCACAGCUGCCCUGGGCCCUGGCUCUGAUGCCCACCCCCCAGCCACUGCUCUGUCCCAGCUGCCCCUGCUGAAGGCUGUGAUCAGGGAAGUGCUGAGACUGUACCCUGUGGUACCUGGAAAUUCCCGUGUCCCAGACAAAGACAUUCAUGUGGGAGACUAUAUUAUCCCCAAAAAUACGCUGGUCACACUUUGUCAUUAUGCUACUUCAAGGGACCCUGCCCAGUUCCCAGAGCCAAAUUCUUUUCAUCCAGCACGCUGGCUCAGGGAAGGCCCAGCCCCCCAUCCAUUUGCAUCUCUUCCCUUCGGGUUUGGCAAGCGCAGCUGCAUGGGGAGACGCUUGGCAGAGCUGGAGCUGCAAAUGGCUUUGGCCCAGAUCUUGAUCCACUUUGAGGUGCAACCUGAGCCAGGUUCUGCCCCAAUCAGACCCAUGACCCGGACUGUCCUGGUACCUGAGAAGAGCAUCAAUCUACAGUUUGUGGACAGAUAGUCCCAUGGAAGGAGACAGUCAUCAUCACCCUUUCUCUCAUCAUACGAGCUUGUUAGGCACAGGACCAAGAAAUGAAUAUUCCCCCUGAGGGCCGUCUAUCUGACCAAAGUGGUUAGAAUGACGAUAGCAAAAUGCUUGAGGCAGCCCUAAGGUGGAAGUAUGCCCUUGACACCAAGAACACCUAUUUGGCCCUUCUCCUGAUCAUAUCAUAUGCAGCCUUUAAGGACCAACUCAGAUUUUAACUAAUAAUGCUCGGUGGUCAAGGCAGGAUUCAACCACUGCCCCUUUGAGGCUUCCACAGUGCUCACUGGUGCUGUUGGCCAAGCAGUGGUGCAUCAGGGCUGUACCUGGUUGGUUCCCCUGGAUGUAAGCUCUCUGAAAGGAAGGAUGAGGCUUUAUUUGGCCUUUAUAUCCUGUCAGGGCCUACCCCUGACUGGAUGACAUGCUAUAGAGUCUCAUAUUGAGGCUGGACCCUGUGGCAAAAGGGGUAAAGCAGCUUACCAGACUUUCUUUAACUCUCUCCUUCCUUAUCUUGCCCCUGGGAAGGUGAGUCUGCCCCUGCCUGGCUUAUGAUUUUUUUAAAACUCUCCUUGGCUCUCUGGUUGCUGUUAUAUUGGCUUGCAUACCAUUUGGUUCCCAGGCAGAGACAUCUUUGGACCUGUCUUUCCACAAGCCUUCUAUUUACAUAUUGAAAUUUUUUAAUAUUCAGUUUUAAAAUAAAAGAAUAAAAUGUU